AUGGGUCAUAUUGAAAUUGUCUCUACAGAGUUGGAGAUAUCAGUUGCUCAGAGUCCAUUAGGAAAUCUUGCAAAACUGAAAGUCUUGGGUUCCAUUGAUGAUCAACAUGCUAAGUCUACCUGCCCUACUAAGGAUCAGAUGAAAAGAUAUAGUGAAGGAGAAAUAGGAAACUUAUCAAUAAAGGCAUUCACAUUUCGCGAAUUAGCAUCUGCGACUAAGAAUUUCCGCCAAGAAUAUCUUCUAGGCGAGGGUGGAUUUGGAAGAAUCUAUAAGGGCACAUUGCAACCCAAUGGCCAGGUUGUAUCGGUGAAACAAUUGGAUCGCAAUGGAAUGCAAGGAAACAAGGAAUUUCAAACCGAGGUGGAGACACUUAGUAUCCUUCGGCAUAAAAACUUGGUAGAACUCAUUGGAUAUUGUGCUGAUGGUGAUCAAAGGCUUCUGGUUUACGAGUAUAUGACUCAAGGAGCUCUUGAUGCACAUCUACUCGAUAUUCUGCCGGAUAAACCAGCUUUGGAUUGGAAAACAAGGAUGAAAAUAGCGGAGGAAAUAGCUCAAGGGCUCGAGUAUUUGCACGAAAUAGCAAAGCCUCCAGUUGUAUAUCGCGACUUGAAAUCAUCAAACAUCAUGUUGGACGACGAGUUCAACGCAAAGCUGUUUGAUUAUGGGCUUGCUAACAUUGGCCAAAAUGAAGGUGGGAAAAUGCUCAUAUCUCCAAGGGUUAUAGGAAAAUAUGGGUAUUGUGCUCCCGAAUACGAAAGAUCGGGAGAACUAACUUUGAAGUCCGAUAUAUAUAGCUUCGGAGUUGUAUUACUUGAGCUAGUCACAGGACGACGAGCAAUCGAUACUACUCGACCAACCAACGACCAAAAUCUUGUUACAUGGGUAAUCUCAAAUAUUGUUUCCCUAGCUCAACCAUAUUUUAAGAACCCGAAGAAAUUCCCCGAGAUGGCUGAUCCCAAUCUUCAAAACCGAUAUCCCUUGACGGAUCUGAAUCAGGUGGUUGGUGUGGCGGCAAUGUGUAUUCAAGAGGAGCCUAUGGUACGUCCAUUGAUUGGUGACAUUUUGGCCGCACUUAGUUGCCUAAAGUUAGUCGGAGAAAACCUUACUCCUCCGGUAACUUCUACCACCACCAACACAAGUCAUGAUCAAGGCAGCGAAGAUGAAGACGAGGAUGAUGAGGAGAGAACAAGAGAAAAGGAGAGAGCAAUAGAAGUUCACAAAGAAGUGUUAGUUCUUCUAGCAAUGGAAGUGACGCCAUUGAAUUUGAGUUCCAUGGUGGAAGUUCCAUGA